CCGUUUUGUCGGGACUGAACGCAACCUUGGUCUAGACCACCGUGCGUCGCCUGCGUCUCUGGUUGCGUCAUCACGCAGCGAGCGUGUCCCACGUGCAGAUGUUUACGUCCUCCUCUCUGUGACGUCAUAGUCGUCGUCGGAUGCGAAACAUUCGCGAUGUUAAAGAUGCGGAUUAGCGAACAAAAGGCCUCGCGGGUGACGCGACGCACGCAGGUCUGAACGCGCAGCGAUGCGCGCGUUAGCGGCGAGUCGACUCGGGACACAAGAACAGACGGGAAAUCGGUGUUAUUAAAGGUCCGAGUGUUUUCAGCCGCGUCCGUUAGGCCGAGGAGCCCGGAUUCCGUUUGAACUCGCUCGCUUUAUCAUCAUCAUGUCGUUCGCGAUGGAGGACGCGCUGGAGUCCGGCUGGGUGUCGGUGCGACCGAAUGUGUUCGAGGAGAAGGAGAAGCACAAGUUCGUCUUCAUCGUCGCCUGGAACGAGAUCGAAGGAAAGUUCGCCGUCACGUGCCACGACCGAACCGUCCAGAAACGGAGCGCCGCGCGGGACUCGCUGCUCGAGGGCGAGCAGGCGGCCGGAGACGCGCCUCCCCCGGUCCAGAGCCCGGGCCGAGAGCGAGCCGAGCCCGGCAGAGCCGCCCGCAGCGCGGAGCUGGAGCCGCCGGAGUCCGAUGAUGCGCCGGAGGACUCGAGCUGGGCCGGACUCUUCUCCUUCCAGGACAUGCGCGCCGCUCACCUGCAGCUGUGCGCCGUCAACUCGGACCUGGAGCCCUGCCUGCCCGCCUUCCCCGAGGAGCAGACGGCCGUGUGGUCGGUUCUGUUCGGGGCCCCGGAGCUGAGCGCGCGCGACACGGACGCGCUCUGCUUCCAGCUGCAGGUGUAUCUGGGUCACGCGCUCGACACCUGCGGGUGGAGGAUCCUGUCUCAGGUUCUGUUUCCGGACAGCGACGACUCCGAGGAGUACUACGAGAGUCUGAGCGAGCUGCGGCGGAAGGGCUUCGAGGACGCGCUCCAGAGAGCCAAGAGACACCUGCAGCAGCUGCUGGAGAAGCAGCGCGGCGUGGAGCGGAUGGUGGAGCUGCUGCAGCUGUACGCGGAGCAGGACGAGGCGUAUGGAGAUCUGGUGGAGGCCACGACUGAGCUCUACCACUACCUGCUGCAGCCCUUCAGAGACAUGCGCGAGCUGGCCAUGCUGCGCAGACAGCAGAUCAAGGUACACACACACACAUCAUCUCGGCGGAUGAGUCGAGUCUCUGCGCAAGGGGAAGUGUAUGAGGACUGGCAGAGGAAGGCUCACACUGCUGUGCUGUCCAUACAGGACCUGACCGUCAAAUACUUCGAGAACACGGCCCGCGCUCAGAAAGUGAUGUACGAGCGCAUGCGCACCGACCAGAGGAAGUUUGGGAAAGCUGCGUGGGGGGCAGCAGUGGAGCGCAUGGAGAAACUCCAGUAUGAGUUUCUAAAGAAAACACUGCAGCUGAUGCGUGCCAAAGAGAUCUGCCUGGAACAGAGGGAAAACACGGGACUGAGAGAAGAGAUGCAGGGUCUGCAGGGGGGCGAGGAGGCCAUGGUGCGUCUGGACCAGCUGGAGGCCAUGUACUACGAGCUCCAGCUGCAGCUCUACGAGAUCCAGUUCGAGAUCCUGAAGUACGAGGAGCUGCUGCAGACGGCGCAGCUGCAGAGUCUGCGCAGACAGAUGAGCGAGAGGCAGGAGGAGGUGGUUUACUACGACACCUACGAGAGUCCUGACGCCAUGAAGUCCACCGAUGACCCCUCGACCCCUCUGACCCCCCCCAGAGACGACGUGGCCAAACUCCAGCAGAGGACCAGACAGCUGGAGGCCCGCAGAGGACGCAUCACCGCCAAGAAAGCCUACCUCAAACACAAGAAGGAAAUCUGCAUCAUCAAUCACACGCAGAAGCGGCAGGGCGGCCCGGACUGCGUUUCCCAGCAAGCUUUGCUGCAGGAUGAAGAGGAGGAAGAGGAGCAGCGGCUGUCCAGAGUGAGUCAGGAGAGACAGACGACGCUGGACCGACUGCGCAGCUUCAAACAGCGCUACCCGGGUCAGGUGACCCUGAAGUCCACGCGUCUGCGUCUGGCGUACUCCAGGAAGAGAGCGGGCGCGAGGCCAGAGCAGACGCAGACGCAGGCCGCUAGCGUGCAGACGGACGACGCUCUGGCGGGAGUCCCCGAGCUGCGCCGGCCCGAGAGCUUCCUGUCGCUGCCUCCGAUGGGCGGAGCCGUGGUCGAAGCCCCGCCCCCUGACACACACACAUCACUUCCUCCCUCCAGAGAGCUGCUGCUGCUGGACUCAUCCACCUCGCCCAUGUCCCCGCCCCCUCUCCCCCGCCCCCGCCCCCUCCGCCCUCCCCCGCCCCCCUCCCUGGAGGAGACGCCCGCGGACGCCCCCCCGCUGACCGCCAGACCGGAGUCUCCCCUCGGGCCGUUCACCGCGCGCUUCUUCGACAGCAGCCAGCUGCUGAACGCCAGGAAGAAGCUGAGGAAGACGGCGUCGCUCGAGUCCAGCCAGUGGAGCAGAGCGAGCUCGCCGAUGGACGAGGUUCUGGCCAGUCUGAAGCGCGGGAGCUUCCACCUGCGGAAGGCCGAGCUGCGUGUUCUGGCGCCCGAUCCGGACGGCGAGGAACGACGACACAACAACAUCCUGGCUCAGAUCCGUAAGGGAGUGCAGCUGCGUAAGGUGCGCAGACAGGAGCGCAGCUGCAGGGGAGCGACUGCGUUCGACCCGCUGACCCGCAGCAUCCACGAGGCCCUGCGCCGCAUCAAAGAGGCUUCGCCCGAGUCCGAGUCCGAGUCUGAGGACGAGACGCCAGCCUGCACCGACUGGGAGAGCUGAAGCUCCGCCCUCACCUUCACAUCAUCAGUGUGUGUGUGUGUGUGUGUGUUUACCUCACAGCAGAUCACUGAAGCACAGGCUGCUCUGAGUGUUUAUCCACCUGCUACUCUUUCAUCUACUCUUAUUCUCUUCUUUUUGUCUUCACGUAUGUUUGCAGGAGGCCAAACCAGACGCCAUUCAUGUUCUCCUGACACGAUCUGACCCACCACACCGCUCGGAUCCGACCCAGAUCUUUAACCAACAACAAGAAACAUUUGUUUAAAUAAAAAUACUAAAUAAAACAACUAUUUAAUGUUACAGAAAAAACUUUAAACAAUAAUAUUGCCUUAAUCACUAUUAUAGACCGGAAAUAAAUAAGAACUAAAACUGAAAUAAAACCGAAAUAGUAAUAAAAGAAUAACAUUUAAUAAAAAGGAUACAUUUUAAAAUAAAAUAGAAACUGAAAUUAUAAAAAUAAAAGCUAAUUCAAAAUAUUAAUAAAAACUAUAUAUGGAACUACACACAUUCCAAGAUCAUUUUGCUGACGUUCUUCUAAUUAUAUUAUGAAAAUUUUACUUCUACAUGUUCAAAUCAUUCAGGUUUAUUAAUUAUGAAUUUAUUAAUGUUCAAAGAUGUUUAUUCUUGAUUGUAGGAACAUUAAAGGAACAUUCCAUUUUAUCAGUCUGCAGACAUUAUGCUUGAAUAGUCUCUGAACUGAGAAACUGAGAUGUUUCAGAAAUAAGCUCCACGGACGAUGUUUAAAUACUGUUCUGAGAGCAUUAUUAAAGAGCAGACAAGUGAACAAAAACAUGCUAAAACAGCAGAGAAUCGCUCUGAAGCUGCGCUCGUGCCCCAGAGGCGAUCAGUACAGUGCUGUUUGGUGGACGCAGACUCCAGGGGGUCAUGAGAACAUGAGUGAGUUCAUCGUGCUCUGGAUUCCGAAGCUCUCUCCAGGUUUAUCUGAAUGAACGUGUUUUAUUGUGUCUGUGACUCUGUGGACGUCUGUCCCUGAACCAUCGACGGGCCUGCACUCUCAGAUCUGACCGGCACGUGGCCCGCGUUUACCCAUGAUGCUGUGCGGCACGCACUCUGUACGCGACACCGCAGCGUAAUCUGACAUGUUUUCAUCACGUGUACUGUAUUUAGCUUUUGAUAUUAUUUGUCUGAAUCAUAUUAAUUGUUCUGUAUGUUAUAUGCAUCAUGUGGUCAAUCAAACCCGAUCCGUUCCACUGAAACACUACAGUCUUGAGCGACUACUCGUGUGCAAUAUUAUAUUAGAACCUGAAAACAGAACUUCUGAUGUAUAAUACAGCGCAGAUCCAUCGCAUGUUUGCCCGCAGGACACCUGUAUUUAUUGAGUUCCACUAAAUAUUUAAAUAUGUAAAGCAAUAUCAUAAAAUGUACAAUGAUUUUUUUUUUUUUUUUUUUGAAACUCCAGUUUGCUUUUUACUCUGCUUUUCCAAACAUUGUACUUCUAAUAGUUAUUUUAAAUUUGCAUUUUGCCCCUUACAUAAA